AUUUUUCUUUUCCCCAUAUGCGAAAAAGGCUUGGCAAUGGCUGUUUCUCUUUCCUCCUAGUUUACGAUUCCGCCACCGUCGAGCACCGCAGACGUUUGAUUCAACGAUCGACAGCUUUCCCUGUGGAUUUUCCUUCCAACCCUAAUCCUAAUUUGGGUUAUUGUCUCGAGACGAGGGAGUGAUCGAUUCAGUUUCCUUCUCAAGACGCAAGCUUUUUGUCGCGAUUUCGUCUCGUGCAGCUCUUCCAAUUUGAUUCGGCUCGGUAGAUGGCUCGUGGCGACUCGGCUGCUUUUCUCGGUCCUGGUUUCCGGUUCCACCCCACCGACGAGGAGCUGCUCCGGUACUACCUGAAGAGAAAGGUCACUAACAAGCCCGUCCGCUUUGACCCGAUUUCCGUCGUUGACGUCUACAGAACGGAGCCUUGGGAUCUGCCUGAUCGAUCGAAGUUGAAGAGCAGGGAUUUGGAGUGGUACUUCUUUAGUUUAUUGGAUAGGAAGUAUGGUAAUGGGUCAAAGACGAAUCGGGCAACCGAGAAAGGCUACUGGAAAACAACUGGGAAGGAUAGGCCUAUCCGCUCCAAUUCUGCAAUCGUGGGGAUGAAGAAAACUCUUGUCUACCACCUUGGGCGUGCCCCGCACGGUGAGCGUUCCAAUUGGGUGAUGCAUGAGUACCGCCUUUCUGAUGAGGAGUUGGGGAAAUUCGGAAUUGGGCCGGAUACUUAUGUCCUUUGUAGGAUUUUCAGAAAGAGUGGAACUGGGCCGAAAAAUGGCGAACAGUAUGGAGCGCCUUUUGUUGAGGAGGAAUGGGAAGAUGAUGAUGUCCCUGUUGUGACUGGUCAAGAGAUCGUUUCCCCUGAUGGUGUGGCUGAGAUUGACAGUGAAUAUGUGGACGCAGAAGAAUUUGAACAGAAACUUUUUGCUGGAACUGAUUGCGAGAAUGUUGAUGUUCCACCGACCUUCUACUAUGAAGAGAAGAGCACUAAAAUAGAGAAUGUCGGAAGCUCUGAUGAAGAUGGUCCUAAACCCCUUAUGGCCGAGCCUCUAAACACCUUGGCAGUACCAGUUUAUCCACAGUUGCCUCAUCUAUCUGGGCAAAAUGAGAUGGGUGACAAUUGUGUAGAUGCACAGUAUAUUGCUAGUUCAAGCAAGGACUUGAAUCCUCUUGACAACGGGGAUUUCCAUGGUAGACCGUAUACAGAUACUGCUAACAGCGAAUACGCCGAAGGGCUUUUCUUGGAAGCAUCUGAACUGUCGAACCCUCUGGAGCCAAGUUCAGACCCUGCAGAUUUCAACUUUGAGGAUUUCCUUGAUUUAGAUGAGUUGGACUUUGAUCUUUCUGAUGUAUUGAGAAGUGACGAUUUCACUUCUGGUCUGUCGCCUGAAUCCAACAAGGUUUCAAAUGAGGUAGAUGAUGAUCUUCACUCUAGGAGCGAGAACCUGUUGAGCAUGCAGGGUGAUGCAUCGUCCUCCGAGCAUAUGCCUGAUUCCACCAUGCUGAAACCGUAUAGCAUGAAAUCCGAAACCGAUAUGAACUACCCGUUCAUUAGCAAAGCGAGCCGGAUGUUGGGUAAUAUACACGCACCCCCUGCAAUGGCCGCAGAGUUCCCCGUUAAGGGAGCAGCUCUCCGGUACGCCUCAGCUCAACCUUCCAGCUCCUCCAUUCACGUCACUGCUGGUAUGAUCACAAUAGAGAACAUGACACUGAGAGACGACGGGAUGGAUGGGUCUGCUUUCGGGAAGAACAUGGGGGUCAAUGUCGUCUUGUCGUUCACUUGGCCGCAGGGAGCUGGUGGUUCGAGUGUGAAGACAGGAUCCAUGGCUUCUAGGGCCUGGAUGUGCCUGAUGUUCUUCUGGGUCCUGAUUCUUUCCGUGAGCUAUAAGAUUGGGAUCAGUAUCUGCGCGAAGUAAUAUCUAUCAUUAUAGACGUCUACACUGGGGUUAGCGUUUUGCUAUCAGACAGGUAUAUUGUUAUUUGUAGGAGUGGGGAGGCGGGACUAACGAUCAGACUGAUUAAUUUCUUUCACGUUUCUGUGUGUUCGCCUCUAUUUUUUAUGAGAUUUGUGGAACACUUGUCUCUAUUAUAUCAUUAUAGACACUCUGCAUACUUUUUUCAAGCUACACAGCUUUACCAUGACAGAGAGCCGUUCUGAUUAGACUCAUCGCUGCUGUUGGUAUGGUUCAGCACGGAAGAAGUGCGGUAACAGCGUUCUUAUAAGUAGUGAUUGCAAUGGGCGGGGAGGUACCCUACUUCUCAUGUCCCGCCCGCCUCACGUUAUUAGGCGUUAUUAUGGGUAGGGACGGGGCGGGCGGAUCGACCCACUCAUAUAUAUGUUUUGUGAAAAAAUUAUAAGCAAAUUUUACUUUUUAUUAUAAAAUGAAGGGGGAAACACUUUGUGAAUGAAAAACAGUGAUAAUAGAAUAGGUAAUUGAGUCGAAAAAGUUGAAAAUUUGAUUCUAAUUAGUUGAAGAAAAGUCAUAAUAGGAGAAAUAUGUAUAGAUACUGUAAGAAAUUGAGAUAAAAUGGGUCGGGGCAGGGCAUGGUGGGUUGGAAGUAGAUACUCAUGUCCUGUCCCAAACUAUUGCGGGUCAGAUAAUAUCCGGGGGCGGGUUGAAAUUGCCAUCAUACUAGCAAGGCGUUUGGUUUUGAUGAUUGUUUGGUUGAGAUAGUUACAAUACAUACAUUGUCCACAAUGCAUUGUUUUUUUGAAUUUUCUGCACAAACAAUACAUGCAUUGUUUUGUUGAUGUGAUGGAAACUAUCACUCAUAAUGAGUGAUAGUAAUAUCUCUAUUAAAACUUGAUAUUGUUGAGAUGGUUUUGGGGAGAUUGUUGGGUUUCUUUUUUGUUUCAAUUAUACCCCUAGUUUUAUAUAUAUAUAUAUAUAGGUGACUACUUCGGUGCACUCACAAAAAUGAGUGCGUUCAAUGCACCCAACUCAAAAACUAGUCUUAAGGUGUCGGAUUUUGAAUUUUAAUUUGUAGAAUUAGUGUAAUAUGAUGAUAUAACAUAUGAUAACAACUAAUUAGCGGAUUAUCCUAAGCCCUAGAGCUCCAAUUUGAGGUCUAUCCCCAAACCCCAAAUUGUAAAUCCUAACCCUAAUUCUAAAUCUCUAAACUUUAAAUCCUUUAAAUUAAAGUAAAUUCAUGUGUGUUAUUGUUUAUCACAUCAUAAGUGAUGAUUGAUAUCAUUUUGACAUAAAAACGCAUGUUUAAAAUGAAGGUUAUGAAGCGAGUGCACUGAGUGCACCCAAAAAAGUGAGUGUACCGAAGACGCCACCAUAUCUAUAUAUAUAUAUAUAUAUAAAUAAAGUAAUAUAAUUUAUUGAAUACUAAAAGAACUAUCUCUAAAAUCAAACAAUGCAAAGUACAUUACAUCAUUUUCGUUAAUUGCAUGUAUAUUAUAAUGUAUGCAUUGAUCACAAUGCAUUGAUUUAAGUAUCACCAAAACCAAACGACCCUAGGUUUCAGUAUCAUGUAAUCGAUAAAUGUGUUUUUUAAGGGUGAUAUAAGUUUUUUUUUGUAGUUAAAGUACUAUUUAAGAAAUUCAAACCUGGAAGCUCCAGGUUCUAGGCUAGUAGUAUUAUCGCUAGACCAAGCCAUUGUUCGUUUUUAUAAGGGUGAUAUUUAUGAACGUGUUACUUUUCAUUUUGAUAUUUAUAAUAGGGUUGUAAACAUAGUUUGGUUAACUAAAUCAUUAAGCAUGAAAAAUCAAAUCAAGAAAAUUCCUAAAACCAAAAUCAAAAUUGUAAAGAGCCUUACCGGUCUUACGUUAACCGAAAAUCGAUAAAUCCCCUAACAAUUUCAGUUUGGUCUAGAUACCCCGAUAAACCAAACUCAGAGCUUGGGAAGUCCAGAAAUAGAGGGGAAAAAAGACA